CAGGUGUUUUAUUUAGGUAAGGUUAGGCCUAGAUUGAAUAGACAUUAAUUACAGUUCAUUGGGGUAGUUUUAAACUACUUUUGCCUAAAUUGAAGCAGAUAGCCUAUACAUUAUAUCAAAAUCUGAGACAAACAGAUAGAGAUGGGGGAAACUAAUCUGAGAGACGUUUAAACGCAAUGUGUGAAGAUGUUUACUACACUCAUGUCAGCCGCGUCGUCGUGAAUAUGCAUCGACGGGAUGAAUAUUCAUGAGCAGGACAGGUGGAGGAUGGGACUACAGGUGUGAGCAGAUCACUGCCAAGUUCCUCUAUUCGUGACAAUUCGUGGAGCUGGCCUGGUCUCGCAAAGUAGGAUGCAUUUCAAACGGAUUUUCGUCAAAUUGUGACUUUUUUUCCCAGUUCAUCGCGGGGAAGAAGCAGCAACUAACCUUUGUUAAUUGUUGUAUCUUGAGGAUUUUGACUUGUCCUCAAUAGUAGCCUAGGAUCCUGGUAUUUCUGUGGACUGAGAUGAGGUCCUGGCAUGGCAAACUGUUCUUCUUCGCGGGUUUUUUAUGUGUGUUGAUGUUAACCUCCUGGCGCACAUCCAAGUCAGAUAACUUGCCGUCGGAGCUCCAUUUGGUCUAUGAGAGGUUACUGCGGGCAGAACAACGAGGAGAGGUCUUAUCCCAAGAGCUGCUUAAAGUGCUUGGUCAACUUCAAAACCGCAGCAUUGCUCCAUCGAAUCUCACAAUCAGUAACUCCUCAGCUUUAUUAGAAGAGAGGGUCCUUCGGCGCUUGUUGCCUUCGCAGCCUAAUGCCUACAUCUACCUGCCUCACCUAAAGGAGCAUAAGGACAGUCUGAAACCCAUCGUUCAUCUGGGACAGCGACGCACUGGAGUGUCUCUGGUGUUAGGAGUACCAACCGUGCACAGGCAGAAACAGAGUUAUCUAGUGAACACACUCCAGUCUCUCCUAUAUGACCUUUCAACUGCCGAGAAGAAAGAUAUUGUCAUUGUAGUCUUUGUUGCUGAGACAAAUGCCACAUUUGUGAAAGAAGUUGUCCAGAGUGUACAGACCAAUCUCCCAGAUGCCGUCAGUUCCGGAGUGAUAGAGGUGAUCUCUCCAUCUCCUCACUAUUACCCAGACUUAAGUAACCUGAAGGAAACAUUUGGCGACCCCAAGGAGCGAGUCAGAUGGAGGACCAAGCAGAACCUUGACUACAGUUUCCUCAUGCUGUAUGCGCAGUCUAAGGGCACAUACUAUGUCCAGCUUGAGGAUGAUAUUGUAGCAAAGCAAGGAUUCUUUGAGUCCAUGAAAACACAUAUAGAGCAGGUGCUUUCCGAGGAGUGGCUUUUCCUGGAGUUUUCCCAGCUGGGAUUCAUUGGCAAGCUUUUCCGCACAUCAGAUCUGCCAAUGAUUGUGGAGUUCUUCCUGAUGUUUCACAAAGACAAGCCAAUCGAUUGGCUGCUCGAUCACAUCCUGUGGGUUAAAGUGUGUAACCCAGAGAAAGAUUUAAAACACUGCAGUAAUGAGAAGGCCCAACUGAAGAGAACUUACAAACCCUCCCUGUUUCAGCACGUCGGUUUGCAUUCCUCACUCACCGGUAAAAUUCAAAACCUAAAGGAUAAAGACUUUGGAAAUCAAGUGCUGUUCAAAGCCCACCAUAACCCGUCUGCAGAACUCAGCACCAGUCUGGAGAAAUACAUGUCUCACACUCUGGAGAGAGCUUACAUCGGAGAAGACUUCUUCUGGGGCCUCACACCUAAAAGAGGAGAUUACGUCCUUAUUACUUUUACCACGCCUCAAGCUGUCAAAGGGUACCUUUUUCGAUCUGGCAAUAUUGAGACAAAUGGUGACCGGUUUUACAACACAACAGUGGAGGUGCUUCCUAAUAAUAACUCUGUGAAAGAGAAGGUCACUAGAGGAGAAUUGGCCUGCUGUAAAGCCUCAUCCGAUGGCUUUGUUCAGAUAGGUUCUUUCAAGAAUGGAGUGGCUGAGGGGGAAGUAGAUGGAGCAUUAGGAGAAAUAGCGGCCAUGCGACUCCUGGUUCAUUCUGAUUCUGAGGUCUGGGUCCUUCUCAGUGAGAUCUUUAUUAAAGUUUGAUGAGCUGAGGAGAGAGGAGAAAUUUGAUCCACAUGGUAACAUGUUAAUUCCUCCUGUGGUGGACAACAGUGCAUGCUGCUGGUGUGAAGAGGAAGUUCCUUAUUCUUGAAGGAGUGCCAUUGUUGUGUUAUCUUCAGGUGUAACUUAAUACUGAAUUACAGCAUGUUCCCUCAUCAAUGUGAGAGCGGAAAGUGUUUACACGAUUGUUUAUUGUGGCCCAUGAAUGUUUUGAUGUUUUAAAUUUUUUCUAAAUUAUUUAAAUUAUUGUGUUAUGUUGCAAAAAAGGACCACACAUAUGGGAUUUGACAAUGUUUCAUAUACUGAAAAUAUUUGACUUUGUCAGUAAAUCAAUACAUGUUAGUAACAACUUGUCAUGACAUCAUAAUUAUGUUGUUUUCUGCCUAUAUCAUGUUGUUUUUAUUUCUUCAUACCUAGCAUCAAGUGGAAUAGCAAAAUUAAUUUUAAUAAUAAUAAAAAAAAAGAACUCACCUCAGCUUUCUAUGGUCAGACAAACAGAUAAUCAAGACUUGAGCACACUAAUGUUCCCUCUUACUAAGAACAUCAGCCUGCCAA